AUAAGGGCCAGUCAGAAAGAGGAGGCCGUAAAAGGGCUGGUUUAAUAGAACGGAUCAAUACGCCUGUUGGUGAGUGAUAAGGGCCAGUCAGAAAGAGGAGCUGGUUUAAACAACACUGACAGGUUCAGGACGCUCUUUAAGGAAUGAUGGAGGAGAUUACAAUGUAACUGAAGAAUCACACUGCUUAAAGGGUGAGAUCCCUUUUGGCUACUAAACCAGAGCCAUGUCUUACGUAUCCAGCAGGUUAGUGUGAUUAACAGGGUUGGCUGUAGGGAGGAUCUAUGUGACAUUUUGCUUUGACCUUUGACCUUGUAGCCUAACGGGGCAGUUGAAGGGCACUACGGAACACGCCAGCACUGCAUGAAUUUUAAACUUGAGAGUUGACUAAAAGUAGAUGUAUGAAUCUGCUAUGUUCUGAGCAAACUAAAAUGGACUACGAAUGAAUAUAUAUUUUUUACUUAUACUGAUUAAGGAGGUAUAUUAAAGACUUAAAAACAAUAUGAAAUAUAACAGGAAUCCAUUUCAAAUUGCUGCAAUAUUGCUUGCUAUAAGUUACAUUGGGACAAGAUGUCACCAAAUGACUGAACAGAUGUUAUGGGACAUGUUUUUCUUUUCUUUUUUUUAUUAACUCUCUCAGUAGACAACGUAUCAAAGUAAACCACACCUGUUUCAUUGAUGAUGUCAUUCCAUGGCACUUCCUGUAACCCCGUUGAUAAUGGCUGACCUUGGCUUCGACCUCAGCUCUUCAGGCUGUCUCAGGGAGAUAUACAAACAUUCCAAUUCACACAAGUACACACUUGAAUAUUUGCUUAUGUCAGGAGGGAAGGAAUUACCGGGAAAAUAAAAAUGUUUUGAUAAUGUACAAAAAAGGAAGUAAUGCUGUAACUCCUGGGCUGUCAGGAGGAGUCAUAGUUGAUUACCAGAAUUUAGUCAAAUAUUCUGACUUUAAUUUUUUUUUUUUAAAGCUUUAAAUCAAUAUAUAUAGUAGUGUUAGAUUGUAUUUCUAAUGUUUUGAUUUCACCUCUGUCACACUAAACAAUAAAGAAGACUACCACAGUAUGGCUGAGGUAAUUAGAGGAGACUACCACAGUAUGGCUGAGGUAAUUAGAGGAGACUACCACAGUAUGGCUGAGGUAAUUAGAGGAGACUACCACAGUAUGGCUGAGGUAAUUAGAGGAGACUACCACAGUAUGGCUGAGGUAUUAGAGGAGAACAGACUGACUCAGGUAAGAAGCCCCUCAGAAUGAGCUUUUCAUUUUGUUUUUGGUGUCUUGACUUUUCCUGGUUUCAGGUUCAUGAAUGUCAUCACUAAUAGGACUCAUUUAGAUUGUGAUUUUCUCUGGGCAGAAAGCCCCUGGCCUUGUCGUCAAGAGUAUCAGUAGCUCAGAGAGCCUUCCUGACACUCAUUUGUACUGUGUUUUACAUUUGAUUCAUGCAUUUCACUCUGUUGUUCAUGCAGAUAAAUUAUGAUUUUAAACUAAUGUGAAAUCAACCAAAUAUUUCACCCUGUCAUUGAAUUUAGGUUGGAAGUUGGGUGGAAAAAAACACAAUUCCCUUUUAAGUUGAUGACUUUUGGCAAAUCCAGUCAGUUUUCCACGUUGAUUCAACGUCAUCACAUUGAAUAUUUUGGGUUUAAAUUAUGUUGAAACAACAUUGAUUCAACCAUUCUUUUUUGCCCAGUGGGACAGUAAGAUGUGAGCUUAGAAUAGUUCUGCUGGGUAUGACUGGGGGGUUCACUGACGAGGAGAAGGAACACUGAAGUCAAUCCAGGAAAGUUCACCAGAGUGCUGUUCACACAUAAAGACAUGUUGAAGGGUAAACCUAUAAUGGCCUGUCUGAAGAGCAGUCCAGACCUUCAGGUGCUCAAUGCUAACUGGUGGCGGAUCCAAUGUCUUCAACAUUGAAGUCAAAGGCAACAUUGGGGAAGUUAAAUGACUGCUUGAAAAUAUUGAUGCAGUAUCAUACCAGAACUGGGGAUACCACUACAUGGAAGAGACAGAAAGAUCAGAGCUGAAGAGCAACGGAGGAGAGAAGAGGCAGAGAGAUCAGAGCUGAAGAGCAACGGAGGAGAGAAGAGGCAGAGAGAUCAGAGCUGAAGAGCAACGGAGGAGAGAAGAGGCAGAGAGAUCAGAGCUGAAGAGCAACGGAGGAGAGAAGAGGCUGAGAGAUCAGAGCUGAAGAGCAACGGAGGAGAGAAGAGGCUGAGAGAUCAGAGCUGAAGAGCAACGGAGGAGAGAAGAGGCUGAGAGAUCAGAGCUGAAGAGCAACGGAGGAGAGAAGAGGCUGAGAGAUCAGAGCUGAAGAGCAACGGAGGAGAGAAGAGGCUGAGAGAUCAGAGCUGAAGAGCAACGGAGGAGAGAAGAGGCUGAGAGAUCAGAGCUGAAGAGCAACGGAGGAGAGAAGAGGCUGAGAGAUCAGAGCUGAAGAGCAACGGAGGAGAGAAGAGGCUGAGAGAUCAGAGCUGAAGAGCAACGGAGGAGAGAAGAGGCUGAGAGAUCAGAGCUGAAGAGCAACGGAGGAGAGAAGAGGCUGAGAGAUCAGAGCUGAAGAGCAACGGAGGAGAGAAGAGGCUGAGAGAUCAGAGCUGAAGAGCAACAGAGGAGAGAAGAGGCAGAGAGAUCAGAGCUGAAGAGCAACAGAGGAGAGAAGAGGCAGAGAGAGGUGAAGAUGAUGACCAGCUCUGUCUUUAAAUGAGAGGACAAGACAUCCCCCCCCACAGGGUUCCACCCUAGAGCUACAAGACCCUAGAAUGAUGACCAGCUCUGUCUUUAAAGGAGAGGGCAAGACAUCCCCCACAUGGUUCCAUCCUAGAGCUACAAGAUCCUGAGACAUUAGUUUAACAGAACACGUUUCUCUGCCCAGAUUGAGACUAGGGGUAAUGUUCCCCUGCUCAGAUGUUACAUUCAUCAACCAAUGGUUGCCUGCCACAUCAUCAACGGUGUUAGACUGACAGAUCGCUAUAAUAUGAUGUGGUUAGUUGAUACAAUGCCUGGAUAGGUAUUUUAAGUAAGAUCUGUCAGGCGUCAGCAACUUUUGACCAGAGAAACUCGCCUUACAUCAACUCAAAAUGGCUGCUGUCGUUUCUUUACCUAUCGUGAGACUCCACGGACUAACGAAGGAUCAACUGUCUCUCGCUGCUCAGAAGAACAAUAACAAACCAGGCAGAAAACCAACGAAGAAGAAAAACUCCACCACCAGAGGAAGGAAACAAUCCACAGGAAAAGGAAACAACUCUGCUGACAGUGAAAGUGUUUCUAGCCAGGUAUCAUCGGCCCCUAAGUGGUGGGGUCGCCCCAAGGGAAGCCAAAACAAACCCAAGAUAAGUCUACAACUCUCCAGCGCCAUCUUGAGGCCUGACGAGGUAAAACAAGAGGUGAAACGAGAUGGACGAGCUGCCUAUCGGGACAAAAAUUGAACACUGGUUGAACUCUGUGAAGACAGAGAGCUUACGACCCAGAGAUGGGUAACACCAAGGGACCUACAGAGAGCGACCCCAAGACAGAUGCACAUCACCUGGGUAUCAAGGCAGAGGAUGCCCCCCUGUACUUCCAAGAUGGAAGGAGACGCCUGCGGUCGGCUACCAGCCAGCCGUUCAAUCUGACUGCAUUCCGGUCCGACCCAGAAUGGCGGCCUCGCAACCAGAAGGUCCGCCGGUUUCCGUGCCCAGAUUGUGGACGGAAGUUCUUCUCUAAAACCACGCUGGAGUUCCACUCCCGGAUCCACACACAGUACCGGCCGUACUCCUACGAGGUGUGCCAUAAGACCUUCUCCCGGAAAGCCGGCUUGGACGACCAAUUCACGAUGCGGAACGUCCUUUCGUCUGCCCCCAGUGCGGCAAGACCUUCUCAUUCAAAUCCAACCUGACCCCCCCCACAUGCGUUUCCACAGUGAUACGCAGCCCUACGUCUGCCCCCAGUGCGGCCAAGGCUUCAAGAUCUCCGCCCACCUGAAGCGCCACAUGACGGCCCACAGUGGGUGUAAACUGUACGUGUGCCCGGAGUGUGGCCAGGGUUACAUGAGUCUGAAGUAUCACCGGCUGAGCCACACCGGCGAGCGCCCGCUGUCCUGCCCAGAGUGUCCCAUGACCUUUGCCCGAACGCACAUCCUUAUGGUCCACCGGCAGAAACACACCAGGAAGACGCCGUUCUCUUGCCAGGACUGUGGGAACCAGUUCAAACAGUGGUGCAAGCUAAAAUACCACAUCAGAAGGAAACACACAGGGGAGAAACCUUACAAAUGCUCCGAUUGCGACAAGUGCUUUGUCACUUCGGGGGCCGUAAUACACACAUGGUUGUCCACACCGGAGAGAAGCCGUACAAAUGCAUGGAGUGUGGUAUUAGCUACAGUUCUAACGCAGCACAUGAGGAGACACACAGGGGAGAAACCAUACAAAUGCUCUGAGUGCGACAAGUGCUUUGUCAAUUCUACAUUGCGUAAAGUGCACAUGGUUGUCCACACAGGGGAGAAGCCGUACAAAUGCACGCAGUGUGGUAAGAGCUACAGUCAAACUGGGUCCCUGAAGAGGCACAGGUGUAAGAAGAAACCCAGUGGCAGCGUUGAGGCUGCUUCUGAUUGGUAACACUGGGCAGGGUCAGAGUUCAGCAGGAAACACCAUCAUUGGCAGAGACCUUCUGAGUGGACUUCUCUAUGGUUGCCAUGACCACAGAUUGUGAGAGUUGGACUGGGCCAGCUGCUACUACCGCUAGAGGGUCAACCGGACGGGCCUCCCACUGCUCCCGCCACGUCGACCACACCCCGGGCCUCCCGCCACGUCGACCACACCCCGGGCCUCCAGCCACGUCGACCACACCCCGGGCCUCCCUCCACGUCGACCACACCCCGGGCCUCCCUCCACGUCGACCACACCCCGGGCCUCCCGCCACGUCGACCACACCCCGGGCCUCCCGCCACGUCGACCACACCCCGGGCCUCCCGCCACGUCGACCACACCCCGGGCCUCCCUCCACGUCGACCACACCCCGGGCCUCCCUCCACGUCGACCACACCCCGGGUCUUUCCGCCGCUCCAGGAUCUCACACGUUCCUGCUGGUGAUCAGGGGGUGAGGUUCGCAGAGGGAUACCCUCAUGAGGUGGAUCCAGGAGAACUUUAGAGAAGUCUUUAAUGUACACCAUGGUGCUGUUCACUGGGGGAGACCAGCUAGAGGAGAGACCAGCUAGAGGGGAGACCAGUGGAGGACCUACUGAAGGACAACAGUCAACUGCUACAACUAAUCAGUACCUGCAGGGGCAGAUAUUAUGUCUUCAACAACAAGGAGAAAGGUGACCACAGUCACUGAGCUGCUGGAGAAGAGAGAGGAGAUGGAGGAGAGCAAUGGUGGAAACCACUUCAAUGUCAACACACCCAGUAAGGGAGAAAGAAAGGUCUGGUGUGGUGGUCACCAUGGUGAUGUUAGUGGCAGUUGGAGCUGUGUUCAAAUUGAUGGUUGAUGACUUAUGGAGCAAAAUACAACAUGGUGAUGUGAAAAUCAAUACAUUAUGACUGCAUUGAAUUACAGAGCUUUUGAUUCGACUCAUUAUUGACUUUUAUUUACUCCCAUUUUAUGUGAGUGUGAAUGAUGGUCAUAUGUCAUUAAGGAGAUACAUAAUUGUCAAAACAUUCUAUAUCAUACAUUGUUGUCCAACACAUUUGUAUGCUGAAGUCAAAUUCUGUAACAAAUCAUGAAAUAAAUUGAGAUUUUUUU